AUGGUGGCAGAGGAGAGUUGGAUGACACCAGCUGGUAGCUGUUGUGACUUAGAUGUUACCGAAUGCAAUCGUAGCUACUGCUUCUUUGCAGAAGUGCGAGGUUCAUCUCCUUUCUGGAUUUCUGGAUGCACCGACGAUGAAUUCAAUGGUUGUGAUCAACAUGAUAUACCAUAUAACUCGAAUCUCUUACGUUGCCAAUGUCAAACUGACUUUUGCAAUCCAAUCGACAGGAUACCGCGUUGUUUUAAAGAAUUAUCCAAUAAUACUGCAACAAAACCUCCUGGAAGAGUAUAUGACAUAAACAGUGUUUCGGAGAGUAAUCAAAUUAAAUCAUUCAGUUCAAUAAUACUUCUCAUACUAGUCUCAGGUUAG